GCUUUCCACGACUGGACGGACACCGUGCCAGUCGGCGCUGAGACUCAUUAGAAGUGACGCAAACUGGAGUAUCCGAGAUUGGUUUUCUCUGCGGAGUCUGUGUGUGUGCGACGUCCCAGCUGACGUCAUCGGUGCAAAAGACGAGGAGGACACCUCCGGACCGACGCUGGCACUGAUCACAGGCAACGCAGCGUCGAUGAACGAGAGGCGGCAUCGGAGACUCUUCUUCUCAACGGAGACCGGACGUGUGCGUCGUCCCAGCUGAUGUCAACGGCGCAAAAGUUAGUAAUGUUUUCAUCCUACCAAAGGACUGACAUGUCUUCUGCCUGGAUGAAUGGACAGCAACAACAAGCAGGACCAGAGUCACAUGCUCAGCAAGCCCUUUAUUUUAUGAGGAAUCAGCAUACAGGGAACACAAAUAGCUCAUGUCGGUACCAGACAGUGAACGUGGGAGGCCAACAAGCUCAAAACGGAUGGAUGGAGGAUGGAGCUAACAAACAGGUGUCAAACUGGCAGACUUCAGUUGCUCCGCAUCAGGCAGCGUCCCUGCAGCAGCCAACCGGAGGAAGGAGUAAUGGUUCUUCACAGCAUUUCCAAAACCUGAACAAUAGUCCUCAGAGUGGAAACCAUUACUUGUCAUUCAGUAAUGGAGCUCAAGUUGCCAAUCAGCAGCAGUUUCAUCACAAUUCAUUUCUGAAUUCAUCGACCCAGACUCUACAGGGCUUCCAGAUAACAAAUGCCAUACAGACACAGGACAUUUUCUAUUGGAAGUCCCCAGUUCCCAACAGAAAACAAAGCUGUCACACAAAGGAUGGUAACGUUGUACAUGGUUUUCAGCAUUACAGAGGUCACAGGGCUCAGCUUUCAAAUGUAAACCCAGACCCAUAUAUGGCAACGGAAAACGUGAUGCUGCAUAAACAGGCGGCCGGCACCAGUUUGCCCAUUUCCAGCACAGCACCCACAGGACAGAGCAGUCAUCCCCAGAGUCCCAGACAGAACAUCAUUCACGAUAGACUGUUUACCACCCCCCCUCCAGACUAUCAGGGAGCCACCCAUCAGAGAAAAACCAGCAACUCCUUGUCAAGCAGUCAGAAUUUUUAUGCCACCAACUCGAAUCAGAGAACACAACAAUACCAAUCUCAGCUGAAAACUGUACAAAAUGCUGGCAAACAGCCUUAUACACGUGUCAAGAAGACAUACGCUGCAGCGGGGAAACCCAGGAGAUCAACUGUGUUGAAGACUUAUCGUCCAAUCGCUCCUCAGCCUUUACUGCGCUAUUAUACACAUUGUAGGUUUAACACCAGUCGCCACAGCGCCACGCCAGGACCACAGCGGGUAGCGGAUGGUUUGAGUGCCGCAACAACAGGUAACAGAAGUGGGAAUAAUAGCUUGUCAGACAGGAAUCAGGGAGGUUUCUCAGUGGAUGCAGCUCGGCAUCUAACACAAAUAGCCGAGACUGUUUCGCCACAGAAAAACGACGGCUUGUCAAACAGCAAUCAGGGGGCACUUGCAAUGGAUGCAUGUCGGCAUCUAGCACAUAUGGCCGAGAGCCUUUCGCCACAGAACGACGCACAAUCUUUUGUAGAAAAUGGUCAGCAGCCCCGUGACGUACACGACCACCUCCAAUCCACCACCUCCUCCUCCUCGCCAGGUGACAGCUCCCUUCUCACGUCUCCUGGGCGCACAGGGACGAGAGCUGUUGCUGUUGUGCAACCGUUGUCCCUGGAAACCUUCCAGCCUGGCAUACCUAGCCCCAGUCAGUUUGGUGAGUGCACCCCAAUGGAUGAGUUUUCCUCUAACUCUGGAAAAUCAGGCAUUUUGCCAGAGGUAGCGACAACCAAGCAGGCUGCAUAUUCAUGCAAAGACAAUGAGGUUUGCUCAGUAAAUGCAGACCAAGUCAGGCCAAGCGACCGUCCGAUCACUCCAUCAGCAGCAUCCAGCAGGAGUACGACCGUGUCUUCUUCCAAUUCACCUGAUCCUAACGCGCUGUUGAAAACACUGCUGACUUCAAAUGUCACUGAGGCUCAACAUUGUUUUUACCUGAAAGCACACAAGAAGAACAAUACAACAGUUUUUAAAAAACAAGUUCAUGCUAAAGUGCCAGAAAGCAAACCGCUUGAUGUCGACGAAACACCAGUAGAUCUCUCCUCGGUCCCAACAACCCCUUGGAAUAGAGAAAAGCUAAAUGAGCUAAUAGAGGCUACAGAAAAAUCCCAGAAGGAUAUUCAGAAUGAUGCGUAUGCCAACUCCACGCUCAAACUAUUGAACAUGUUUUGGGGUGGCGAUUCAAAUCUUUUGCUAUCCCAGCUUAAGGGGUACAUUGCUAUAACCCAAGAAGUUAAAGAAUUCUUUAACACACAUGUUACACCAGACUCCAUUAUUUUAUCACAAAUAAAACUGGGCUUUGAGGAAGAACUCAAAAAAUAUCAUUUUUUAAAAGAUGGUGACGUUUACACAGCUCCUCCUUACAAAUCAUCAUGGCUGAAUGUCAACGAGCAGCUAGACGACAUCGAUAAGGAGUUUGGCUUCCCGCGGUCCCUGGUUAAUGGCCUUGAGACAUUAAAGAGCAGCAGGCAGCCAGAUCAAGAAGGGCCUAAUGACAACACUCCUGCACAAACUGCUACGAAGACAACAGAUGACAUCUCGAUAACUACUAAGCAUGCAGCGGUCGACCCCGGUGAUGAAAAACAGACCUUGACACUUACUACCUCAAACGAGUCUUUCUCCCCUCACGAGACUGACUGUGCAGUUUCAGAUGAACCUCAUUACUCCUUUAAUAUCAAAGUUUUGUCCCCAGAGGAGGCCAAACGCAUCUUCCAACAAGUACAAAGGGUGAAGCAACAGGACACAGACGUGGACAGUGAUCCAGGGGAGGUCAAGAACACUUUUUUAGAGGGUCAGGUCCAGGUUUCAGACAUCCCAGUGAUAGACUUGUUACUGGAAACACCCCCAAAGGAGGUUGACUGUGUUUCAAGGGCAUUGGAAACAGUGGAAGUGUCGCAAGUGCCUUUUGCAGGUGAAUGCCAGGUUAAGAAAGAACACACAAGUGAAGCAGACUCUGCUGAUGAGGCGACAGCACCACAAAAAGCCGAAAUUUGUCCAAUUGAGUCUGACACAAAUUUCCACUCUGCUUUAAAAGAAGAGACUCACGUGAUCAGCUGCACUCUAUUUAGUCAUUCUGAGCUAUGCAGCGAAGAAAUCAUUGACUUAACUGAAGACGACUUGCAUUUUGCUGAAGAUCUAAAUAACAUAUCUUAUGUGAGCAUAAGUGAUGGCCAUUCAAGCACUAGCGAGAACGAAGACACUGAGUUGAUAUUGGCAGGAGGUAGUCCAUCAGGGAAUUCAGACACUAGCGAUAGGGAAAUCGAAGACAACUUUAGUGGUGAAGUAGGAAGUCAGAUGUCAACCGACAAAGAGCAUUGUGCACAAGAUGAGCGGACAUCCACAGAUGUGACAGAGUCCGGGCAUUCCCCCCAAAGACCGCCGCAAAUGAACCUUGCAUCCUCCCCCCACACAGCCACGCUCCAUGGAGAAAGUGGGACUGCUGAACACCAGCAAACAGGAGCAAAAAGUUCUGAUCUGAAGUCUGUGUCCCAAACUUUGGAUUCCAAAAAAGAUGUUCCUGACGGUAAAUCUCCAACCACAAAGACCGUAGAAUUGUUAUUGUUCGGCUCCUCCCCUCAAGAGAAGUUACCUGGCGGGAGAACAAAGUCGGUUUCCUUUCCACCAGGAAAGACUGCCCCAAAGCUUCUCUGCGUGAAAGUCCGUUCCCGGGAAGGAGCCUUCCAGUCAAAAGACCCUGUGUACCAUGGAACAUAUUCAGUCAAGCAGCGGAUUCACGAGGAAUGGAAGAAAAGUUUCCCACCAAUUAACAUUAAGCUGAAAAAAGUUAAAAAAAGGAAAUCCAAGCAUAGCUCUUCAUCUGAGAUGUGUUUCAAGGUGGAUCGAACGAGUUGGUCCACCAGCUCCACAGAGCUGCCGGAUUCGUCUGGAAUCACCUGGAGUAAAAACGCCACACUAAGGAGCCUCUCCAACGAAGGCAAAACUACAGGGAAGGCCGUCAAACGUGGACGGCCUCCCGGUAAAAAAAGAGGCAAGGAAGUGGAAGGCAAGUCGUCGUGUCCCCACAGGAAAAAGUUCUGGGUGUCACCAAAGAGCUUUUUAUGGAGUGGAUAAAAGGAAACCUGUGUCAGCACGUCUGCUCAACCAAGCCGGUAAUGGGAGACGCUGCACAGCGGCUACAGCUCCAAACUAAGGCAAGAAGAACAUCUCUAAUCCUCUGAGAAGUCUGGUGUUUCUCAAAGCGCUAAAAAUGAAGAUUCCAAAUUCAUUAGUUAUCCUUAGAUUUGCAUUAGUUAGAGACAAGUAAUAUUUUUGCUUGAUCAAAGCCAUCACACACUCAGGUCUUGACCAUUCUUUGUGUUUUCACUCAUUGAUUCGUUCACUGUUGAUCAUCUCAUUCUGAUUGCUUUCUCAUAUUCUGUUCUGUUUAUUUGAGUAUUUCCAUAUUGUGUUAUUCACAUAUCCAGUAGUGAUAGAUUAAUAAAAGGUUAAAAGGAAUCUGGUUUUGUGUGCAUUGUUUUUCAGAUUUAAGCAGAAGUCAUUGAACCGCGACAAGAAUUUACGGCAUAAGAGACUGAUUUGGUUUUAUCACAAGAAAGUUGUUAUUGUUGUUCAUAACUGAUUAAAUUGACAUCUGGCAUUGACUAGAUUGAUACAAGCGUGGUUUCAGCUUUAAAACAAACCUUGUGUCCCAACUUUGAGGUAUAUUAAUGUUUCUGCAUUAAUAUCAAACUCUUAAUAAUUUGAAUCCGCUUCAUGGUGGUCUCUGAGUGAAGCCCUUACAACGCUAAGAUCUCAGACGAACUCUGUCUGUCCUUGGCUUUCUCAUUCAAGUUAUUAAGCUUUUUCCAACUUUUUUGCCCCAUUGAUUAGACAUCUACAUAAAUUACUUACUAAUCCAGAAAAGGCUCUUAACCUUCGCCUUUUACUUACAUAGAUAUAUCCUGGCGUCCAUUUUGUAUCAAUCACUUUCAGCUAUUCUUCAAAUUGUUAAAUUGUUGUUUCUUGAGAAAUAAAGUCAACAUUAAAACAUUCAGUAGUGUGUGUAAAUUAGAUCGCAAAGCAUUAUGGUUAGUGAAUUGUAAACAAUUGUGGCACCCCAACAGAAAAUGGUGUGAGAAGGAGUGACCCCUCCAAUAAUUAAUAAUGGUGGUGUUUGAUCUUGCCAAUGUUACAAUUUUAGAUGCUUCAAUAAAUGUGGAUAACUACUAAAUUUUCUACUAAAAGCUGUUCAGUUUUGUUCUUUUCAUUAUAAGAACAAAUCGAUAAAUCAUUUCAGCUAUACUUUCUUUGUAUUCACUACUUUUAGCUAUUCUUUAAAAUGCUUAAGCUUUUCUUAAGAAGCAAACUCAAUAUUACAGCAUUCAGCAUUAUAUGCAAAUUCAGAGCGCAAUGCAUUAUGGGUAGUGAGUUGUGAAUGAGUGUGGCACCCCAACAGAAAUUUGUCUGAGAACGAGUGACCUUUUCAAUGAUUACCAUUGAGCUUUUGAUGUCUUUGCAAGUCUACCUUUCUAGAUGGUAACUUGAAAAAAAAAAGCAUUUUUAAGUUAUGUUUUUUCUUCUCUGUAAUAUGUAUCUUACUCCUUUGCUUCAAGAUCUUCAGCUUUGUUGUUUUUAGAGAAAUGCAUUCAGCUGUACUUUUUAUUUAUUAACCACUUUCAGCUAUUUGUUUCAGUGUUUCUUGCGGAAUAAAUUAAACAUUACGGCAUUCAGCAUUAUAUGCAAGUUUAGAGCACAAUGCCUUA